GUAUUCCCAGCCGGACAGUCGAGGCAUCUUUUGCAGUCAUAUCAAUCUAGCUAGCGUUACACUAAAUAUGACAAGAGCUGAGGGACAAUUCGCUGAACUGAUUCAGGGCUGGACCAUGUGGUGAUGAGCGGUAUGCCAUGCAGAGGAGACACAGCAGCAACACGGAUGGCAUGCCCUCUGAAAGGAGCCGAAGCCAAACCCUUGGAUCAGAGAGCAGCCUCGAUGAGGGUGGUGUGUUUGACUGCCUGAAGCCUGACUCACCCGCUUCACCCCAGCAGAUCUUCUCCGGCCUGGUGGGCGUCCCCUCCGGCUCCGUCUCCUCUGCCCAAUUCCAGGCAGCUGGCUUAGUCCUGGGCUCUCCCCCUGAAGUCUUUAUCCAGAUGACUGCAUCGUCCAGAGAAGAAGGGGGCCCCCACCGCACGGAGGGUGGACCUUUUCUACCUCGGCCGCCCCAGCACCACCAUCACCACCACCACCACCUUCAUCACCAUCCCCUGCAGCACAGGACCUCCUCUCUGCUCCAGCAGGCCACCACGGCAGCUGCCUCGGAGAGGCACAGCUCCAGAGAGGAGGCCCAAGAAGACCCGUCCACCCCGGCCCCAGCCCUGUCUGAGUUGAAGGCAGUAGUCACAUGGCUGCAGAGGGGCUUCCCCUUCAUCCUUAUCCUGCUGGCUAAAGUCUGCUUUCAGCACAAGCUAGGUAUUGCUGUGUGUGUGGGCAUGGCCAGCACAUUCGCCUAUGCCAAUUCCACCUUUAGGUACCAAGUGUCAUUACGGGAGGAACGUUCUGUAUUUGUUGCUCUGUGGAUCGUCAUGUUCCUUGCAGGGAAUAUAGUGUAUAUCUACUACACGUUUAGCCACGAGGAGCUGCACAACAGCCUCAUAUUUGCCAAGCCCAACCUCAACAGCUUUGACUUCUUUGAUCUGAUCUGGGCGGUGGGCAUCACUGACUUUGUCCUUAAGUACUUCACCAUUGGCCUGAAAUGCUUUGUCCUCUUCUUGCCCAAGAUUCUUCUCGCCUUCAAAUCCAGGGGUAAGUUCUACCUGCUGAUCGAGGAGCUGAGCCAGCUGUUUCGGGCUCUGGUGCCCAUCCAGCUGUGGUACAAGUACAUCAUGGGAGAAGACCCGUCCAACAGUUACUUCCUGGGGGCCACGCUCAUCAUCAUCUACAGCCUCUGCAAGUCCUUUGACAUCUGUGGACGUGUGUCUGCCAUACGCAAGGCCCUGGUCAUGCUCUGCAGCUCCCAGAGUUAUGGAGUGAGGGCUGGCAGCCAGCAGUGCAGCGAGGCGGGUGAUGUCUGUGCUAUUUGUCAGGCUGAUUUCAGAGACCCCAUAGCCCUUCUCUGUCAGCACGUGUUCUGUGAGGAGUGCCUGUGCUUGUGGUUCGACCGGGAGAGGACAUGUCCGCUGUGCCGCUCCACUGUCAUUGAGACCCUGCGAUGCUGGAAGGACGGCACCACCUCGGCUCACUUCCAGAUCUACUGAGCUCAUCAUAUGCGCCCGCAAAGAUGUGAUUGUGCCGUGAUGCCAGUUAGAUAAUGGCGUGUCAUCGCUCUGUGUUUGUCGUAGCCUGGUAACUCUUUAAAUCAGGAUAAUCAUGAGUGCAGUGAACGCGCAACACGAAGGGGGCUUUAACUUUGGAGGUGUUUGAAAAGGCCGCAACAGAGCGUGUGUAAAUCACAUUAUUUUCAGAUUGCAUGUAAAGCUGAUAGUUGAGGCCACGUGCACAAACCAAAUAAUCAACGCAGUGUCACAAAAAAAAAAACAAAAACAUGAAGCUGGACUGCAAUCAGUUUUACAGUUGGACUGUUGUCACCCAGUUAUGGCAGCAGCCACAUUUUUGUGUACAUGUACGGACUUUGCCAUUGUUGUAAACUGUGAACAAUGUUUUAUUUGACACUAAACACACGAUAAAAGAGGGCGACUUUGAUUUAAUGUGGUGAUAAUGUAAACACUCGCAGCGUUAAUUCGCCAUUCUUUGUGUUCUUUAUGAUUUUGUCAUGUGUGUAAAAUGUUAGUUUUGUAAAAUUCCAGAAGUUGUAUACAACAUGAUUUUUAUUCACUUUUUAGUUUAGUUUUUUUUUUUUUUAGUUUUGUAAUAUUUAUUUGAAAAUGGGAACAAUGUUUCUCACAGAGUGAUCGUAAGUAAAAAAUCCGUACAAAGGUUUGUGCUGUCUGUAGGUAAAAAAAGAAGAAGAAGGUUUUUGGUUAUUUAAGGUUAUUUAGACACUGAGUAAUGAAUGUAAGUUGGUGUGUGACUUUUAACUACCCAGAACUGAAACAGUACAGUGUGUGAUUGUUUAUGGUGCCAGCCAGGCGUAAGAUUUCGUAGUUUUGUAUCAAGUGUGGUGCAUUCUCAUUGACAGAGCUCAUGUCUGAUAAUCAUCCGUGUUGCAAACUUGAGGUCAUUGUUAUUUCCCAUAAAAACCUGUCAUAUGAAUC